UAGCGGCGGCGACGGGACUGCGACCUCUUCCGGCCGGGUCUGGGGUCUGCGGUGCGGGGCGCGGGCUCGGGGUCCGGGGCGGCGGCCGGCCUGGCCAUGCUGCAGCUGCGGGACUCGGUGGACUCGGCGGGCACGAGCCCCACGGCGGUGCUGGCGGCCGGCGAGGAGGUCGGCGCGGGCGGCGGCGGCGGCGGCGGGGUCGGGGUCGGGGGGAGGCCGGGCGCGGGCACGCCGCUGCGCCAGACGCUGUGGCCGCUCAGCGUCCACGACCCCACGCGCCGCGCCCGCGUCAAGGAGUACUUCGUGUUCCGGCCCGGCACCAUCGAGCAGGCGGUGGAGGAGAUAGGCGUGGUGGUGCGGCCGGUGGAGGACGGCGACAUCCAGGGCGUGUGGCUGCUGACCGAGGUCGACCACUGGAACAACGAGAAGGAGCGGCUGGUGCUCAUCACGGACCAGGCGCUGCUCAUCUGCAAGUACGACUUCAUCGGCCUUCAGUGCCGGCAGGUGGUGCGCGUGGCCUUGAGCGCGGUGGACACCAUCUCCUGCGGGGAGUUCCAGUUCCCCCCGAAGUCGCUCAACAAGCGAGAAGGUCUUGGGAUUCGCAUUCAGUGGGACAAGCAGAGCCGCCCUUCCUUUAUAAACAGAUGGAACCCCUGGUCCACCAAUGUGCCCUACGCCACGUUCAUCGAGCACCCGAUGGCCGGUGCGGAUGAGAAGACUGCCUCUCUGUGCCAAUUGGAAAGCUUCAAAGCUAUGUUAAUCCAAGCUGUCAAAAAAGCCCAAAAAGAGAGUCCUUUGCCGGGGCAAGCCAGCGGUGUGCUGGUCCUGGAGCGCCCCCUCCUCAUUGAGACCUACGUGGGACUGAUGUCCUUCAUUAACAACGAAGCUAAACUGGGCUAUUCCAUGACCAGAGGCAAAAUAGGCUUCUAGACGCUGCCACAGGCAGACAUGGGAACUUGGGGCGUCGGACACGCCGGCUCUGCUGCCCCUGCAGGGUCGGAGCUCUGAACCUUUAGGGGUCUGAGCGCGAUUAGAAUAGUCGAAUGAAUUCUAUGACCUAGCUGGGUCGUGGACAUCUGGCAAUAGGAGCUACGGACAAAAAGGAAGCUAGCUGUCCCUGUCUUGGCUGGUAUUUUGUCUUCUAGAACCUGUUUCCGUGCUUUUCCUGGAGUGUCUGCAUUUGGCUUCUCGUGGUCCUCCCCGCCCCAGCGCGCUGGCGUGUUAAUAAACGCGUGGUCCUGCCAGGACCUCCCUGCUGGCGCUGCGAGCCCCAGGCCAAUGCUGUGUGGACUGCUCCGUCCAGGGAGGUCCCUGACCCCACUGCCCGUAGUUGCAAAUACCUUUCUGUUUGGUGUCCAGUUUUGUAUUUUGAAAUUUCAUCCGUUUUCUUAAAGCUAAUUGCAGAACAAGCCAGGCUGCUGAACUAAGCGAGAGACAGUCUGCCUCGCGCUGCCGAGUGAAUAGCUGCUUUUGUGUGAAUACAUGUUUGACCCAAAGCCACGCUUUUGUAAACUUGUACUGUGUAGUACCUCUGGCAUCCUUCCCAGGCCCGGAAGUCCACAGGAAGUCAUUUCGAGACAGUUCAUUAAUUUCAGUCACCUUCUUAGUUCUUUGCAAACAGUUUGACGACCCUGCCUAGUCCAGGUUUGUCUUCUCGUUUUCGUAUUUAAAAUGGGGGUUGCUUACUUUGCUUUUCAAGAUGCCCUUUUGAAAAAAGGGGUCGUAUUAGUCUCCUCUCAUAUGCUGCUGACCCCGGCUCGGUGACCACAACGCCCACGCUGACCCAAGGCCGUCCAUUGGCCCUGACGACGCCUGAGCCGCGGCAGCCAGCAGAGCGUGUCCAGGUGGGAACCGCAACACGCCGCCCACUCUCGCACCUGCCCUCCGCUUGCUGGCUCGACUGGGAGCACGUGUCCCCGGCCUGAAGUGCCGGCUCACCGUUUCUCCCUCCCCAUCCACAGCUUUGGCGUGGCUGUAGUUGGCAUGGCUGGGACCCAAACGCAGCAGCCUGUGCGCAUCAAAAGGCUGCCUCCACGCCACCUGGGUCUCGAGCCUUCGCUUUUGGUCUCGUAGUAAAGACAUUUACAAUUGAA